GGUUUUGUUUACUCUAUUACGUGUUAUACGGUAGAAUUUAUGUGACGUCACAGAGCCGGCUUGAUCAGGUGACAGUUGAUGCGUACUCCCGAUUGGUCAGGUUCUCUUAUUAUAGUUUAUACGGUAAAGAAGUGACAGUCCGGUGACGUCACGGGUCAGGCCACACCGCUGUCACGGGAGGGGGGCGUGCUCUGUGCCGUGGAAUUUUCCAUUCAGCCGGCACUCGGAUAUAUUGCGGUGGCGGAUCGCGGUCCGGAGGAGUCGGCGCUGUGUAUCGCGAUAGUCGGGAGAGGACGGGCGGGGUGUGCGGGACGACGGGCCGGGCGCUGUUCUCUCUGCUCCGCGGUUGUGUCAGCUCCAGGUUCUCGUUUAUGGCGAAUUAUAUUCAUGUUCCGCCCGGAUCCCCGGAGGUGCCGCGGCUGGAGGUGACGGUGCUGGAGGCCGCCUACCGGGAGGGGGCACUGCGGCUGCUGCGGGAGCUCAGACCGGACUGGAAGCCCGAGGACGUCACCACUCAGGUCUUUACAGAUGGAAUCACCAAUAAGCUGGUCGGCUGCUAUGUCGGAGACACAAUGGAGGACGUCCUCCUGGUGCGAAUCUACGGGAAUAAGACGGAACUUCUUGUGGACAGAGACGAGGAGGUGAAGAGUUUCCGUGUUCUGCAGUUACACGGCUGCGCCCCCAAACUGUACUGUACCUUUAAUAAUGGUCUGUGCUACGAGUUCAUGCAGGGAGCGGCGCUGGAUCCGGAGCACGUCUGCAAUCCAAAAAUAUCCAGGCUGAUAGCGCGGCAGCUCGCCAAGAUCCACGCCAUCCACGCGCACAAUGGCUGGAUCCCCAAAUCCAACCUGUGGCUGAAGAUGAGGGCGUACUUCUCCCUGGUGCCCACAGACUUCCCCGACACGGACGUCCACGACAGGUUUGUCCGUGCGGUGCCUCCCCGGCAGGCGCUGGAGCAGGAGAUGGCGUGGAUGGAGGCGGUGAUGUCGGCGCUGGGCUCUCCGGUCGUCCUAUGUCACAACGAUCUGCUGUGUAAGAACAUCAUCUACAAUGAGAAGAGAGAUGAAGUCAAGUUCAUCGACUACGAAUACUCCGGGUACAACUACCAGGCGUACGACAUCGGGAACCACUUCAAUGAGUUUGCAGGGGUGAACGAGGUGGAUUACAGCCUCUACCCAGAGAGGGCGCUGCAGCUGCGCUGGUUACGAUCCUAUCUGGAGGCCUUUAAGGAGUUCAAGGACAUAAAGGCGGAGGUGUGUGACAGCGAGGUGCAGCGGCUCUACGUGCAGGUCAAUCAGUUCGCUCUGGCCUCUCACUUCUUCUGGGGACUCUGGGCUUUGAUUCAGGCAAAAUAUUCCAAAAUCGACUUUGACUUCUUAGGGUACGCCAUUGUUCGGCUGAACCAGUACUUUAAGAUGAAGCCGGAGGUGAUGGGGCUGAGUCUCCCCGAAUAACCAGACAAGAUGGCGGCCGUCUGCCGUGUCUCCUGUGGAUCUUCACCACUUUUACUGGACUCUUCUGGGACCACGCCGCCGCCGGACGCUCUGGACUGCGGGAUUUUUCCUUUUUGUUGCCUUCUGACUUCAUUUCUAGUUGAAGCCUUUAACCCCCGACUAACACUGGGACCGCCGAGGACUCGCGACAAACUCCGGGGACACUUUUACUUUUGUUUUUUAAUUUAAUAUUUUGCGUAUUUUAUUUAUAGUUUACUUGAUUGGCGUUCUACCACCUACGCAGGACCGGGGGGGCCGCACUCCUCAUCCCCUUUGUCCCCUGUGUGUUGGGCCCCUGGGGGCCCCUUCAUCAUGAUGUAUAAUAUGAAUGUCUCCUGAAUUAAUGGUUCAUCCCAUCCCCCCCCCCCCCCCCCCCCCCCCAUAACUGGAAGUGUUCAGUACCUCAUUGUCCCCGGGGGGCCCCACCGCCUCCACCAAAGCGCAGCCCAUGGUGCAUCGACCGCCAGAUUCCUGAUAUUAAGGCACUUUAGUGACGGAAGUGCUCGCCCGGGAUUCGUAGCCGACUAUAUGGCGCCGGGGGGGGGGGGGGGACAAACAUGCCUUGAAAUGUAUAUAUGUAAUAUAGUGUCAGGAUUGCGAGGAGAUGGCGGUGACGCAGAAGACAAGUCCGCUCACUGGAUGCCCCAUUCUGCGACAAAUGGCGCUCGACACGGGUACGACGCGUGAGAAGGAGUCGGCAGAACUGCAUCCGGUCACCCAAUUCUUCCCGAUUUCUCAAUGGUGGGAGGAGCUUGGCGGUGAAGGUAGCCCAGACUCCUCCCUGUUUGCAGCUUUCCCUUACUCCUUAAUGCUCCGGAGCGGUAAUGGCGGCCAUAUUGGUCAGGUAACCACGGAGAUUACAGCAUUGGGCCAUAGUACUGUAUGUAGCUUUUGCAGGCGAUCACGCGCGGCGCGGCGUCUCUACCUCCGGCUGGCGACUCUUUCCUACAAGCUGCUGUUUACCGUAGUCAGGGGGGUGGAGGGGGUCAUGUUGCCUUUUUACUAUGGAGGAACCGGGCAGCCGCCACCGCAUGUAGCAUAUUGUACAUAGCGCCAUUGUAAAUGACACUUUGUAAAUUGUAGAUGGAUGAUUUUGUCGCUGCUGCUUUGUAUGUCCCGCCCCCUUUUUUUUUUUCUGUAAAUCGUCGGCAUUUACUACAGAAACCGCGUCUUAACCAAAAGCUGCUUGAUGUCGAUUUUUAUUUUUAUUUUCAUUAGAUAUAAACACUUUACUUAUUGUACACGGCAAUAAGUGACGGCCGCGCUCCGAUCCUGCACCGCCGACGGUUCGGGGGUGCGGCCGCAAAAAACGCAACUGUGAAAUCUGUACAACCUCUCACUGGUCCCAAAUAAAGAGCAACCCCGACAACUCAUUGUGUCCGGUCUGUUUAUUCUUGGG